AUGGGUGAAUGGGACUUCCUUGGGAGACUUCUGGAUCGAGUCCAGACACACUCAACAGUGGUGGGGAAAAUCUGGCUCACCGUCCUGUUUGUGUUUAGGAUUCUAGUCCUUGGUGCCGGUGCCGAGAGAGUCUGGGGCGACGAGCAGUCGGACUUCAUCUGCAACACGGAGCAGCCAGGGUGCGAGAACGUGUGUUAUGACAUAGCGUUCCCUAUCUCUCACAUUCGCUUCUGGGUUCUGCAGAUCAUUUCCGUGUCCACACCAACUCUAGCCUACCUGGGCCAUGUUGUCCACAUCAUACAUGUCGAGAAGAAAGUCAGAGUGAUGUUGAAGAAAGAGCUUCAGAACAAGCAAAUCAGUCUGUUCCUCAGGAAAGGCUACAAACUCCCUAAAUACAGCAGCGACAAUGGGAAGAUCAGUAUUCGAGGGUGUCUACUAAGGAGCUACAUUCUGAGCUUGCUUUGUAAGAUACUUCUAGAAGUUGGGUUCAUCUUUGGCCAGUACUAUCUGUAUGGCUUUACUCUUCAGGCCCAAUAUGUUUGUGCUCGUUUUCCAUGUCCUCACAAGGUGGAUUGCUUCUUGUCAAGACCAACUGAGAAAAGCAUCUUCAUUUGGUUCAUGCUGGUGGUGGCCUGCGUCUCUUUACUCUUGAAUGUCAUUGAGAUCUUAUACCUGUUUGUCAAGAAGGUCAACGAGUGUCUUAACCGCAAGCAGGACUAUACCGUCACUCCCGUGACCCCGGAUGUCAACAGAAAGGACAAAAAUAAAGAUCAGGUGAUCCAGAACUGGAUGAAUCAUGAGCUGGAGCUUCAGAAGAGGGAACUUGGCAAUGAGGCCACAAAGAGCGUGGCGUCAGAGGACCACAGAGCUGACAUGCAAGAGGUCCAUAUCUGA